AUGAAGGACACUAUUGAAGACACGUACAAAUUUAAGUUCUUAUGGACUGCCACUUUACUGGCGGUUGUCGCUUCGUGCCAUGCAGCUGAAAGAAAUGAAAGAGCAAUAGACAGUGCUUCCAAAUAUUUUGGAGACUUUGAAGGUUAUAAUUAUCAGCCUCCAAGCAAGCCAUUCACUCUACCAAUUGCGCCAUCUAGUUCACCUAAACCAGCACCCUCGCGGUCUACUUUCGUGCCAGUGCCAGCUCCAACUCGUCACCCAGAAAUCAAUUUAGUUCCAGUACCGCAGAACCCAGUAACAGAAAAAUUCUUACCAGUUCCAACCCAAAAGCCGAGUGAUGGAUAUUCUUAUCCAAAACCACAUCCUCCUUUUAAUCCACAACCUUCGCCAGCAGCACAAACUAUAUCACCAACAACUUCUAGACCGCCACCACCACCAGUGUUUCAAACAACGUUUAGACCACCACCUGUGUUUCAAACAACACCUAGAUCAUCACCACCAGUAAUUCAAACUAGGCUUCCGCCGCCUGUAACUCCCAAAUCACAACAAGGAUACUCUUACCCGCAACCAAAUCCUCCUUUCAAUCCAGUACGGCCGUCAACACAAAAACCAUAUACACCUCCAUAUAAUCCACCAAGUCCAACUACUCCUCAUUACGUGCCACCGCGUCCAUCGACACCUCAAUAUAUACCACCGAGACCGCAGCCACAGACAAGACCUCCACCCUCUCCACCAACGCGGCCUCCUUCUCCACCAACGACUCCAAGCCCAUCCUCAUCUUUUACGGGAUAUCAUUAUCCCCAUCCACAACCUUCAUUUCCCAUUCCAUCAAGACCGCAAACAACUCAAUUACCGGCAACGCAAAAGCCUUAUACUACUCCAAGACCAAGUCCACCGCCAUACAGGCCACUACCAACUCAGCCUCCAACAAGACCACCACCACAGCCAUCUCAGCCUUACUUACCGCCAGUGCAACCGACUCACCCUCCGGUAACUCAAGCGCCUUACACAACUUCAAAGCCAACGCAACCACCUUACAGACCAACGCCAACUCAGCCACCAACUAGACCACCACCACCACCAACGCAGCCUCCUACACGACCUCCACGACCAUCUCAGCCCUAUCUUCCUCCGGUUCAAUCAACGCAUUCAGUGGUAACACAAGUUCCUUAUACUACUCCAAGACCAACUCAGCCACCUUACAGACCAUCGUCAACUCAGCCACCAACUAGACCACCACCACCACCACCGCAGCCUCCUACACGACCUCCACGACCAUCUCAGCCCUAUCUUCCUCCGGUUCAAUCAACUCAUUCAGUGGUAACACAAGUUCCUUAUACUACUCCAAGACCAACUCAGCAAUCAACCAGGCCACCUCCAACCCAGCCACCAACAAGGCCAUCGCCCCAGCCAUCUCAACCUUAUUUACCACCAGUACAGCCAACUCAUCCACCAGUAACGCAAGCACCUUAUACUACUCCAAGACCAACACAACCUUCUUACAGGCCACCGCCAACGCAACGACCAACUAGGCCUCCACCACCGUCAACGAGGCCACCACCCACAGUUGGUCCUACUUAUUUACCUCCUGUCCAACCAACUCGUCCACCAGUAACGCAGGAGCCUUACACAACUCCUAAACCAACUCAGGCACCAUACAGGCCACCGCAAACUCAACCGCCGCAAACGCGUCCACCGGUGACACAAGCACCUUACACCACCCCGAGGCCAACUCAGUUACCCUACAGGCCUCCCCCGACUCAGUCCCCUACUAGGCCACCACUGCCACCAACGCAGCCCCCUAUAAGACCUCCAUUACCAUCGCAACCCUACCUUCCUCCAGCACAAGCAACACGCCCACAAGUAACACAAGUACCUUACACAACUCCGAGACCUACACAGCCCCCUACAAGGCCACCAACUCCAGCUAAACCUUAUCUUCCACCACAACCGCCAACUAGACCACCUUACCAACCUUCUACGCCACCUCCGGUAACUAGACCACCAUUCCAACCACCGCCAGUAACUUUCCCUCCAGCUUCUCCAUCGACUCCUAGGCCACCGCCAUACCUACCUCCAUCUUCGCCAAGACCAACAUAUGCAACAGUUACUGCACCACCGCCACCGACUCCAAUCUACAGUCGUGUGCCUACUACUAGCACUACUUAUCGGCCAUUAACUGGAAAACCUGCGCCCUACCCAACUAUACCUCCAAGCACACCGAGGCCUUACCAAGGAUACAACUAUCCUAUUCCACAAAUCUCUUUUGAAACUCGUUAA